CGCGGCGCGCGGCAGAUUCAGGUAGUAAAUCCCCGGUCCUGCCUCCCGAACUGCAACACGGCCCAGAGCGAGGGCUCCAUACUUGAGUCGCUGGUGUGUUUUUAGCCCUUGCCCCGCUGCCCCCACCCCCUCCCCGCUCCACGACGCCAUUAAAAGCCCUUCAGCUCGCCGGAAAAGGACUAAAGAUGAUUUAAAGAGUCAAGCGCGGAGCAGCGUGGAGGGUCGGGGCUCGAGCGGGUGGGUGGAGGCUCUCGCCUUGUGGCUUCUAUGGACCUCCGCCAUCCAGCCGUCCGAGUCAAUAUGCGGCGAGUGUCGGCUACGUGAGAGAAGCCCGAGUGGCUCGGGGGUGGGAGCGGGAGCCGAACGAGAGUGGACCCGCCGAGCUGAGAACCUCACCGAACGGCAGUGAGCCGCCUCGGCGUGGGCGCGACGAUGACCGAGCUGGUCGGCAAAUGGGCCUGUGAAUACUGCACCUACGAGAACUGGCCGUCGGCCAUCAAGUGCACCAUGUGCCGCGCGCAGAGGCCCAGCGCGGGCGCCAUCAUCACCGAGGAGCCCUUCAAGAGCGCUCCCGCGUUGGACCCCGCGGGCCUCAGCAACAGCCCCACCCAGGGGAGUUCCGCUUUGCUCAUAUGCCCCGAUUCCAGCGCGCGGCCCCGGGUCCGUGCGGCGGAUACCCCUGAGACCAGUAGCAAGUGGUCCUGUCACAUGUGCACCUACCUGAACUGGCCCCGCGCCAUCCGUUGCACUCAGUGCCUGUGUCACAGGCAACACGCUCAGCAGCACUCGAGCCAUAAAGGACAGCAGCAGCCACGCAGCCCAACAGAGUCACCUCAAACCUCAGGCUCCGGAUACCGCCCCCCACCCUCUUCCACCGCCAUGGAUCCCUGCGAGGAAUACAAUGACCGCAAUAGGCUCAACACGCACGCACAGCACUGGACCUGCGCCGCCUGCACUUAUGAGAACUGGUCAAAGGCGCUCAAAUGCGUCGUCUGCGACCACCCGCGGCCCAAUCACAGUCUGCUCGCCGAACCGAUUGAACUGGCCUCGGAGCCCGAGCGGCAACAGCCGUUGUCCAAGUUCAUCGACGCCGACCGGGGGAACAGGCGUGGCGUCGGGGGCGUCGCGGGGGGCCAAGGACUCGGCGGUGUGGUGGGUUUGGUCGGGGGUUGCAGCACCAGUCAGCGGAGGUCACCGCCUUCCUCCAAACGCGAGGCGGAGAUGAACAUGGACUUUCAGAGGAUCGAGGUGGCGUCGGGGGCCGGGGUUGGGAGUAAAGAGGAGGUCGAGGUGGAUUUCAAAAAACUGAAGCAGAUUAAAAACAGAAUGAGGAGGACGGAUUGGCUCUUCCUCAACGCCUGUGUUGGCGUGGUGGAGGGCGACCUGGCAGCUGUGGAGGCCUACAAGACGUCGGGGGGCGACAUCGCGAGGCAGCUGUCGUCCGACGAGGUUCACCUGCUCAACCGUCCGUCGGCGUUCGACGUGGGCUUCACGCUGGUGCACCUCGCCAUCCGCUUCCAGCGGCAGGACAUGCUGGCCGUGCUGCUCACCGAGGUGUCCCAACAGGCUGCCAAGUGCAUCCCAGCCAUGGUGUGUCCCGAGCUGACGGAGCAGAUCCGCCGCGAGGUGGCCGCUUCCCUCCACCAGCGCAAGGGGGACUUCACCUGCUACUUCCUCACCGACCUGGUCACCUUCACGUUGCCCGCAGAUAUUGAGGAUUUGCCACCAGCUGUUCAGGAAAAGCUUUUUGAUGAGGUUUUGGACCGAGAUGUGCAAAAAGAGCUGGAGGAGGAGUCUCCCAUCAUCAACUGGUCCCUAGAGCUCGGGACCAGGCUGGACAGCCGGCUGUAUGCCUUGUGGAACCGCACGGCCGGGGACUGCCUGCUGGACUCGGUGCUACAGGCCACGUGGGGCAUCUACGACAAGGACUCAGUCCUGCGCAAGACGCUCCACGACAGCCUGCACGACUGCUCGCACUGGUUCUACACGCGCUGGAAGGAGUGGGAGUCGUGGUAUUCCCAAAGCUUCGGCCUGCACUUUUCCCUGCGGGAGGAGCAGUGGCAGGAGGACUGGGCCUUCAUCCUGUCGCUGGCCAGUCAGCCCGGGUCCAGCUUGGAGCAGACCCACAUUUUCGUCCUUGCGCACAUACUUCGGAGGCCCAUCAUCGUCUACGGGGUCAAGUACUACAAAAGUUUCCGCGGGGAAACGCUAGGGUUCACUCGCUUUCAAGGCGUGUACCUGCCUCUGCUGUGGGAGCAGAGCUUCUGCUGGAAAAGUCCCAUCGCGCUGGGCUACACGCGCGGCCACUUCUCCGCCCUGGUGGCCAUGGAGAACGACGGCUUCGACAAUCGCGGCGCCGGCGCCAACCUCAACACGGACGACGACGUCACCGUCACCUUCCUGCCGCUCGUCGACAGCGACCGCAAGCUGCUGCACAUCCACUUCCUGUCGGCGCAGGAAAUGGGCAACGAGGAGCAGCAGGAGAAGCUCCUUCGCUCGUGGCUGGACUGCUGCGUGACGGACGGCGGCGUGCUGGUGGCGCUGCAGAAGAGCUCGCGCAGGCGCAACCACCCGCUCGUCACGCAGAUGGUGGAGAAGUGGCUCGACGGCUACCGGCAGAUCCGCGCCUGCGCCGCGCUCUCCGACGGCGAGGAGGAGGAGGACGACGACGACGAGUGACCCGACGAGUCGUCGGGACUUUUGGGACAAACUGUGACGCGCGUGGAGAAUUUCAAAAAGAAAAAAAAAAAAAGUUUACAAAUUCAAAAAAUGUUUCUCCAAUGUGACGACAGAAUUCCGACAUGGAAAUGCACGUAUGGAAGCCCGUUGAGGAUUUCGUCAUCAUUUCCUUGACGUCCAGCUUAAGGUUCUUGUACUAGUGUGCUCGUUGUCCUCACUAGUAAAAAAAAUAAAAGCGCACUAGCGUGCUUAUA